CAAACGAGAGGCCGAGAUGAAACGAUCGAGUAUUGGUUUGCUAGAGAGAACGUGAAGGAAAGGAGAUCAGAGAGACUUCCGGCUCAGCCACGGGAGGAUAGUGGCGUCAGCGGAGCUUCUUCUGCUUGAAGGGGUCGAAGCGGCUCCUGGGAGACAAAGAGGAUGCCAAGAAGAGCACUCUGAGCAACAGUGAAUGAGAAGUAGCAUCAAUCCAAAGCUUCUACUUCCUCCAGAAAUUGUAAAAACACUUUCAGUCAGUGGGAAGAAAAAGGUUCCUUGGAUACCCAAAACUGGAAGACAUUAACGAAAGCCUUUGUGGAAGGAAAAAAAAGCUUGAAUCAAAGAACACCAGGGAAGAGAUGAGAAAUCUUGUUGGCCUUCUGAAGAAUCGAAGAAUAUCAGUGUUGGGAAAUCUCCACAGUCUGCCUAUUUUGGGAAAAACAAAGAAUGCAGAUCACAUCUGAUUGAUUCAUAAGUUGAACCACCCCGUGAAAAGCCAUACAAAUGUUUGGGGUGCAUCAGAAUCUUUACUCAGAACAGGCCUCUCAUGAUUUGGGGAAGGACCCAUACCAAAGAGAAACUACCAGUGCUCCCAUUGUGAAAAAAGAUUUAGCAUGCACACCAGUCUGGCAAUAAACAAGAGGACUCAAACAGGAGAGAAACCAUAUGAGUGUCCAGAUUGUGGGAAAAGGUUCAGUUGGAAUUCCUCCCUUUUGGAACACCAGAGGACUCACACAGGAGAGAAACCAUAUGAGUGUCCAGAUUGUGGGAAAAGGUUCAGUCAGAAUUCCGACCUGGUGACACACAAGAGAACUCACACAGGAGAGAAACCAUAUGAAUGUCUAUAUUGUGGGAAAAGUUUCAGUCAGAAUUCAAACAUGGUGAUACACCAGAGGACUCACACGGGAGAAAAACCAUAUAAGUGUCUGGAUUGUGGGAAAAGAUUCAAUCACAAAUCCCACUUGGUGAAACACCAGACCAUGCAUACAGGAGAGAAACUAUACUGUUCAGAUUGUGGGAAAGGUUUUAGUUGCAAUUCUGACCUGGUGGUACACCAGAGGACUCACACAGGAGAAAAACCGUAUGAGUGUCCAGAGUGUGGGAAAAGUUUCAGUCGGAAUUCCAACCUUAUAGAACACCAGAGGACUCACACAGGAGAGAAACCAUAUGACUGUCCAGAUUGUGGGAAAAGUUUCAAGCGUAAUUACCAUCUGGAGAGGCAUAAGAGUAUUCACACGGAUGAGAAACCGUAUGAGUGUUUGGAUUGUGGGAAAAGUUUCAAGUGUAAUUCCCAUCUGGGGAGACACAAGAGGACUCACACAGGAGAGAAAUCGUAUGAGUGUCCAGAUUGUGGGAAAGAUUUCAGUAGUAGGUCUAACCUUAUAAGUCAUGUAAGGUUGCACAUAGGAGAGUAAUGUUCAGGUCGUGUACUCUGUUUCGCACAAAAUUUCUCCCUUAUCACAGAAGAAAUUCCACAUGAGGAAAAAUCUUUAAUUUCGUUUGUGGUCUCUUACUGAAAGCCCAGCUGAGAACUCAAUAAUUUCAUUCCUUGCUUGAGUCUUUGUAGUCAAUCAUGUUUUAUUAUUAAACAUGGGGGAGAUCUGAGCUUC